AUGGAUGCACAGACACCGGCGAAGACCUUUCAGGAUGUUGUCGACUUGAAGGGCAUCAAACCCUCGCUUCAGAUAUAUGUGUCCAUCGGUGGAGCAAGUCUUGACCUUCGUACCCCCACAGCAGUAACCGAUAAUGGCACAGCAGCACAGCCCGUAUUUGGCAACAUUGCCCGAACUGCUGCCAACCGUCAGAAAUUUGCGCGUGCCUUACUCAAGUUCAUGAAUCAGUACGGCUUUGACGGUGCUGAUCUUGACUGGGAGUACCCAGGCGCACCAGACCGCAGAGGCAAGCCGGAUGACACCAAGAACUAUGUCGAGCUGUUCAAGACGCUACGGGAGGCAUUUGACAAGUCAGGUAGAAGGCUGGGCCUCACCUUUACUGCCCCUUCUUCGUACUGGUACUUGAAGUGGUUCGACCUGCCAGGCUUGAUGAAGUAUGCCGACCGGUUGAAUCUGAUGUCGUAUGACCUGCAUGGAGUGUGGGAUGGAGACAAUCCGAUGUAA